AUCAAACCAAAAAUUUCAAGAAACCGAGAAGAGAAAUGGAGUAUCCUAACAAAGGAGAAGAGGAGGAAAAAGCAAGAGAGGAAGUGAGGUACAGGGGAGUCAGAAGGAGGCCGUGGGGGAAGUAUGCCUCGGAGAUACGAGACCCGAAGAGGCCCGGCGGCCGCUUGUGGCUGGGGACGUUUGACACUGCAGAGGAGGCAGCGCGUGCUUAUGAUAGGGCGGCAUUUAACCUAAGAGGUCACCUUGCUGUACUCAAUUUCCCUCACGAGUAUAAUAUUCCUCAAGUAUUGGGGUCGAUUCCUACAGGAUCGUCGUCUGCGGCGUCUUCUUCUGGGAGUGUUGGGGAGAGGUACGAAAAGGGAAGCUCAUCUGAAGGAAUGCCGCCGCCUCCGCCGCCGCGGGAGGUUAUUGAGUUUGAGUGUUUGGAUGAUAACGUGCUGGAGGAGCUACUUGCAUUUGAAGAAGAGAAGAAGAAAAAGAAUAAAGAUUGAAUUAAUUCUAACACUUCUUUCUAAUUCUUGCUGAUCAAUUCUCUCUAGUCUUAGCUCAAUAAAUCAAGAACAUGUCA